AUGGAAAAAAAUAUUAAAAUAAUCUUAUAUGUCAAAAUUGCUUCGUUUAUUCUUUCGGCGUGGAUAUGCUAUUUUAACAAUUAUGAGCUUACUUUUAACAAAUAUUUUGGUGAGAAUUACGACGUUGGUAGAAAAAUAUAUACAAGAAAUGCUCGAUCAUUAGCAAAACAUAAGCAAGAAAUGUCCUCAAAUAUUUUAGGUUUAAAAGAAGAUAUAGCAUUUAAUGGAGAACACGAUAAUAAAAAAAACAAAAAAUUGAAUAGAAGAUCGUUGAAUAAUGCGAGAUACUAUACUGAAAUUAUAGAUUAUAAUAAUGGAAUGUUUGAUGGAAAACAUUUCCAUUUUGAAAAAAAAUGGAUUACGAAAAAAGAUUAUGAUAAUAUUGUUGAAAGAAAUAGAAGAAUUUGUGAUAUAGCUUUACAAAAAAAAAAGUUUAGAAGUUAUGGAUUUGGAGUUACUCUGUUUUUUCUUUUAUUCGUGUUGGGAGUAGGAUUGCCCAUAUUGGAUGGAUUAAAAUAUUUGGAAAGUGUGUUGAGUCCUAUGAAAACGCUUCUCCAAAAUGUGAGUGCUGAGAAAUAUACCUUUUUAAUAUCAUUUGGAAUACUUAUAAUUAUAUUAGCUGUUUUAAUUAUAAUAAUAAUUCCUAGAAUAUUAAGAAAUAAUGAAAAGUAUAAAAAAAUUAAGUUGAUGACUGAGUAA